UUUGUUUUCCCAAAUUUUCGUAAAUUUUUAUUAAUUUUGAUGAGUGAUUUUUAUUGAAUUAUGUGUUAUACAUACAUCCCUUAGAACACUGGCUCGUACACCAAAAAAAUGUGUGAAUGUGAGACAUGUAUAGAGUUUUCAAAACUAUUAAAACCAUAUAGAGAUGCUAAUGCAAAGAACGACUUUAGUUGUGUAAUUCUAUCUAAGUCUGAAGUGAAUCAAUUGGUUGUUUUUGUUCAGGCUUUUAUGCAAAGGCAAUGUCUUGGCGGAUUUCAAGAUAGAAAAAACUAUGAACAAUUUCAGUGGAUUACACAAUGUUUUGUUUUGUUGAUGACCAAUUUGUUAAAAUCUUAUAAAGGACAAGAUAAUAUUAUCUAUCCAGCUCGUGACGAUGAUGAUGCUGAAAGUAGUCGUAAAUGGGAAAAUUUACUAGCAAAUUUUAAAGACGAAGAGUUGCAAUGGACAUUAGCAGAAAUGGAAAAACCAUUACAUCUCAUGACAAAAGUUUUUUUAAUGAAUUUUCCAUUAUAUGUGGCUGUAAAACAAUACCCACAUUACAAGACAGAAGAAGUAACUCAACAAGAAGUUUCAGCAAUGAAUCAUUAUUGCGAUGUUCAAGAAAUCGAUAUGCCAUUAUUACUUUUAAGAACUGUCAAUAUGUUUUGCCGGGUUGGUGGUUUGGAAGCAAUUAUGUCUUGUUUUGAUUAUGAAUCAUUGCCAUUAACUAUUGCAAAUCCAAUUGUUAUUCUUGCUUGUAAUGUUAAACUAUGGCUAAAUUAUCACACAAAUGUUCAUGUAUUUGUUCCAUUAAGGUCAAAAGUCUUAAGAUUUAUGUGUAAUUUAUCUGAUAAAGAUUUGAGAACUCCUGCAGCUAAAACUAUGGCUGAUUUUAUGUGGAGUUCAAACAAGGAUGGCCAUACUUCUAAUUUAGAUAAAGAUGGUCUUGAAUUGGCAUUUAAGUAUUUUACAUCCCCAACAUUAACGAUGAGACUAGCAGGAAUAUCACAAAUAAAUAGUCAUAUAGGAUCCUUAAACGAACUUGUUCAUGUAACUGCAGCAACAUUAUCAACAUCAUCACAAUCCAAUGAUAUGGUUACUAUCGAACAGAUUGGACACAAUUUAGCAACUUGGCUUGUUCAUCGUAAAAUUAUAUCUCACGUGUUUGGGCCAAAUUUACAUGUUGAAGUAAUUAAACAGUGUAGUAUCACACUUAAUUUUUUAGCCUCAGAAGGUAAGAUUACAAAUGAACAUAUUGAUACUAUUUGGCAAGCAGCACAGUUAAAACAUUGUAGCAAACAAGUUUUUGAUUUAUUACCUGGUUUUAUUAAACACUUAGAACCCGCUCCUGUUUUACAUUUAUAUCAUUUAUUAAGGAAAUUAGAACCAAAAGAGCAUACCGAACAAAGCUUAUUUUUGGCAUCAGCUCUUACAAAAUUUAUUUGGUCAAGUAUGGCAACUACAGCACGAAGUCAUGAAUUUUCUAUUCCAAAAAUGUCAAGAAUUGUAAGUAUACGUGAUGGCCGUCGAAUAGUGCGUUCUAAUGAUAUGAGUACAUCAGAAAAUAGUGCUAGCCUCAAUAGCAAUUCAGAAGGUGAAUCUAGCGAUGAACGAAGUGAUAUGAGUGAUGGUCCGACUCCUAGGAAAAAACCUAAAAAAGAAAACAUUUUUGUUUAUUCUGAUAAUGAAUCAUUAGUUUUAGAAGGAGCAAAAAUUGAAGAAAUAGAUGAUGAUUUUGAUAUUAAUGAAAAAGAUAUUAUUAGACCAUCUAAACCAUUAGGUAUGUGUAAAAUAAGGCAUUGUGUUAGAAAGAAAGCAAUGAGAGAUACAAGAAUGAGAGUUAUGAAACCAUGCAACUCUAGUGAUGAAGACUCAGAUAAAGUUCAAAUAAAUCAUUGUAAACUAGUAAAAGGAAGCAAACUUCAAAAACCAAGAGGAAAAAUUAAUAACCACAAAAAAAUACGAAAUCUUAAAAUGAGGUGCAUUAGAACUGAUUGUACAGAAGAUGAUUCUGAAUCUGAUGGUGAAGAAGAUGAUGAUGAGGAAGAUGAAGAUGAGGAUGAAGAUAUUGAAGAUGAAGAUAGUGAAUCAAUGGAAGCUAUGGAAAUUGGCAUAUCACCCAUUGAUACUACUUCAGACCAGCAGGUACCAUCUACACUUAUAAAUAGACAAAUGCUAGAAGAUUAUAGUGGAGAUGAGAACAGUAUGUCAUCUCGUAUGUCAAAUAAAUCUGACAAAAAUAUGGCUGAUUUUGAUGGAGAGGAUUCAGGCUGUGAUGAGGAAUUAUUGCAACUUGCAGCACGUGCUCAGACUCACUUAUCAACACAACAGUUAAACCAUAUGGCAUUCCAUUCUAAUUUCCAAACCAGUAAAAAUGUACAUCCUUGUACUCAAAAUAUAACUACAACAAUAUCUAAUCAGUUCAAUAUUGAAAAUGUAUGUAAACCUGGUUCAACAUUAUUGUGGGAUUUACUUCAAGAUGAUAAUAUUACUCUUUUAGGCGAAUCAUUAGCUUUGGAAGCAGAAAAAGCAUUAUUUAAUUUAGUAUGCUUUAAUACUGAUCGUGCUAUCAGAAUGAAAUUCAUUGAAGGCUGUUUAGAAAAUAUACAAAAAAAUAAAUCUGUAGUUAUUUCAUUAAGACUAUUACCUAAGUUGUUUGCAUCGUUUCAUCAAUUCCGUGGAGCUUCAUUGGCUAACCUUAAUGUUGGGAUGGAUACUCGUCAGGUGACUCUUUGGGCUGUUAAACAUCACAGUAUGAUUGAUCGAGUAUUUAACAAUUUUCGGGAGUACUGUAAACAACAUGCCGAUAACUCAUUUGAAGAUUCGGGAUUUUACUCUCACCAAAUCCAUAUAGAAGCUAGGUUACAAUUUUUGACUCAUAUAUAUUCUUCAAUUGGACUUCCAGAUACUAUUAAGUUAACUAUUGAUGAAUUGGAUACACUAUGGAAUUGUUUGGUAUCUGAUGAAAUUUGUCGAGAUGAAUUAUUUAAUUGGUUAUUACGCCAAGUUCGUUGUCGUGAACAACAUACAUUUAAUGUUGAAACAUUGACACAUUUAUACUGUGAAAAAUUGUUAUCAUUAGCACCUGAAAGUUAUACUAUGACUGCUCUUAGUUUAUUUACACAGCUAUGUAAUAUGGCUCAACAACAAGUAUCCAGUGAUUAUUUGUUGUUAGCAAGAAAUGGGCAUGCAGCUGCUAUGGAACAUUUAUCUAGAAUUGCAUUAAAAGCCUCAAACAAUGAUGUAAGCAUGGCUGCUAUACAGUAUAUAAACAAUUAUUAUAUGAUGAAUUUACAACUUGAUAAGGAAGACAAGUUUAUUAGUGAAUGUGUAUCAAAUUUGUCAGUAGCUGCAGAUACUUUGAAUGAUAAAGAAGAAUCCAGUCUUCUUUACAUACAACGAGCUUUGUUACUAUUAAAAACUCACUUAGAAACAUUUAAAAGAAAGUAUGCUUAUCAUUUAAGAAAAUGGACAUUAGAAGGACAUGGUAUUAUAAGUCAUGUAAUUCAGAAUGACAAAAAUGCAGCAACAAUUAGGUUAAAUAUCAGUCCUGCUAUGUUAGAUGAAAAGUUAACUCUUGACAUGCCUAGUACAGACUAUAUAGCUGAUAUGAGAGCUGAAAUAGCUCAUUGGUGGGAAAGUCAGAAUGAUAAUUUAGCUGUUCAAAAAAUAUCUACAGAUGGUAAUAUACGCAUGAUUGCACUAGGCCAAGAAAUAACAUCAGAUUUUGAUGAAAAAACCAUUCAAGAAACUGGAUUAAAAGAUAACCAAAUAAUAUACUUAUCAUUAAGUACUUCUCGUAAGAAGAAACUUGGUGAUCAAGAUUUACCAGGAUCUACACAAUUUGUACCAACUAAAGAGAGUUCACCAACAUUAUUGCUUCUACAACCAAAAAACUUUGAAGUAUUGUUUGGUCUCAUGCAUACUCUUGGAUCAAUGAAAACAAUUGAUGAAGAAGAAAAUGAAUUAUUACAUGGAAGAGCUCAAGUGUUAUCAAGAAGUGUUUGGGAUAUUUUAACUAUACUUCCAACCAGUCCUUCAAUGUUAGAAUGUUUUAAACAUUUUCCGACUCAUGAAUCAAAAGAAAAAUGUCAAGUUUGGUUAAAAAAAGAUUUAGAUCCAUCAAAUUUACAAAAAUUAAUGUAUUCAUUAUACAUUGUUGAAUCAUUAGUUCAGGUAGGUGUUGAAAAAAAUUCAGAUGAAGACGAAGUAAUGUCAGAGAUAUCUACAAAUGGAUUGUCUAAUUCGUGGGGUGAAUAUUUUAUUGAAAAGGGAGGUUUAGAACAUCUCUUUACUAUUUUGUUAUCUGGUACACUUCAGGGUAACAGUGAAUGGCAUCAAGAUUGCUUAGCUCAUUUACUUAAAUUACUUUGUCAACUUGGUGUGUCACCAAAUGAUAGACGACAGUUAGAUCAAUUUGAAGGACUAGGUUUUGAUCCUUAUUUUCGACCAAGGAAAUCACACAUUAAAAAGCAAGCUAAUUUAGUUGUGCCAAAACUUAACAAAGAAAUGUUAAAACUUAUGAAGAUAGAUUUGGUAAUACCUAGAUUGAUGAGUAUUUUAAACGAGUUAUCUUACCCUGGACACCCAAAAGAUAUAAAAACUGGCUUUUGGGGUCGAGCUCAAGUUAUUCAUUUCUUAAUGACUUUGGUUUUAUCGUGGUCUCACAGUGUAAAUGGUAUUUGCGAAGCACUUUUAGAAUCUAAUCAGUUUUCCAUGUGGCUUUGCAAUCUUGUUCUUGAAGAUCCAGAUCCAUUAGUCAGACAUGAGAUAUGUGUUGCAUUAUAUCGACUUUGUGCUGUACCCCCAGCAAAUCGUACUGCAGCUACAUUACUUUUAUCUCAGUUAAUCAAGUUCCUAGAUAAGGCUGAAUGCAUGCAACCACAAAAUAUAAGACAUGAAAAUUCAAUGAGGAUAACUGAUGAAGAUAAACUUAAUUAUGGACCAGCUUGCCGAGAUUAUUUUUGGCUUAUGUGUCGACUUGUUAAUUGUUUACCAAAUGACAUCAUUCAAGAAAGUAUUAAAUUUCCACCAAAAUGUAUUAUUGAUAUUGAAGCUUUAGCAAUACGUGUUUGGGAAUCAAUUGCUUCUAGAGAUUUUAUUGAAACACAUUAUAGUGGCCUUCAAGAUGAUGGUUUGAUUGGUCUCUUAAAUUUAAUGUCAAAUAUACUUGGGCAUAAACCUCCAUUUAAAUUUAGUAAACAUAGCCAUAAAGUCUUAGACACAGUUUUUGAGUUUUUGUUUGCUUUGCCUGAUCCUCAGAAUCGACAGUUACCUAAAUGUAAAUCUGAAAGUGCUCGAUCUUCAGCUUAUGAUUUAUUAGUUGAAUUAGUAAAAGAAACUCCCAAAAACUAUGAAUAUUUAUAUAAAAAAUUAUUAGAACAACAUAGUAAUGGUAAAUAUUCUAAUGAUAAUUUUGUGCACUUAAUAAUUUUUACUAAUAUUUUUGUAGAUCUAAAUCGGCUUCCAUAUUUAUGGGAUUAUUGGCCUCAUGAUGAUGGUCGAUCUAGUUGUGGGUAUGUUGGUUUAACAAAUCUUGGUGCCACUUGUUAUAUGGCUUCUUGUAUGCAGCAUUUAUUUAUGAUGCCACAAGCCAGACGAUCUAUACUUGAAGCAAAAUGUGAUGAGUCUAAUAAACAUGCGUCCAUAUUGGUUGAGCUAAAAAGAAUGUUUGCUUAUUUAUUGGAAAGUGAAAGAAAAACGUAUAACCCUCGUAGCUUUUGCAAAGUUUAUACAAUGGAUCAACAACUUUUGAAUACUGGUGAACAGAAAGACAUGGCUGAAUUUUUUAUUGACCUUGUCUCUAAGUUAGAAGAAAUGACACCUGAAUUAAAAACACUUGUUAAAACACUAUUUGGAGGUGUAAUUAGCAAUAAUGUUGUUUCAUUGGAUUGUGAUCAUGUUAGUAGAACUUUAGAAGAGUUUUACACUGUAAGAUGUCAAGUAGCUGAUAUGAGAAAUUUGUAUGAAUCUCUUGAUGAAGUUACAUUAAAAGACACUUUAGAUGGAGAUAAUAUGUAUACCUGUUCUCAGUGUGAGAAGAAAGUUCGUGCAGAAAAAAGGGCUUGUUUCAAAAAAUUACCACAAAUUCUUUGUUUUAAUACAAUGAGGUAUACAUUUAAUAUGGUGACUAUGAUGAAAGAAAAAGUGAACACUCAUUUUUCAUUUCCUAUGAUACUUGACAUGUCUGGAUAUGUUGAAAAACACUUGAUGCCUCAGCAUUAUCUGGAAGAAAAAGAAAUGAACGAAAAUAAGGGAACAGAGCGAUUUGAUGAAAACUACCAAUAUGAACUGAUAGGUGUUACAGUUCAUACAGGAACAGCAGACGGUGGUCAUUAUUAUAGCUUUAUACGAAACCGAGAACGUACAAAUAAAUCUCAAACGCCAAGUACUGAUCAAUGGUAUUUAUUCAAUGAUGCAGAAGUUAAAUUGUUUGAUGCUAGUCAAUUAGCAGCUGAAUGCUUUGGUGGAGAAAUGACAAGUAAAACCUAUGAUUCAGUAACAGACAAGUACAUGGACUUGAGCUUUGAAAAAACAAACAGUGCGUAUAUGUUAUUUUAUGAACUUGUUAAGCCAACAGAUCCAGAAAUUGAAGAACAUGAUACUUCUAAUGAUAUAGAAAUAUGUCCACCAAUAAAAUUGAGUAGUGAAUUAGAAGGAUGGAUUUGGAGGGAUAAUAGACAAUUUUUACAAGAUAAAAAUAUAUUUGAAAGUGCUUAUUUUCAAUUUAUGUGGCAAAUAUGUGCAUUUAUUCCUCAAUCUUUAGAAGAUACGGAGGAAUUAGCUGAACUUGCUACAAAAUUAACUUCAGCUUUUUUUUUGGAAACUUAUAUACAUGCUAAAGAACGAUCUACUAUAAUGCAAUGGACAGAAUUGUUAACCAAGCAGUUUAGUGCUUCACAAUCUGGUUCUGAAUGGUUUCUACAACAAAUGAGUGUUGAUGGAUGGUGGCCACUUAAGAUUUUUAUUAAAUGUCCUAAUCAAAUAAUAAGACAGACAUUUCUUAAAUUGUGCAUACAUGUUAUUCAGCAAACUAGACCAUAUAUUUGUUUUUUCAAUGACACUUUUAUGAAUGAUGAUAAAAGUGAAUAUAUGAAACCUUGUGUGUCUUGUCUAACUUCAUUUAUCCGUACAGUAGUAUCUUUAAUGGAACAAAAUAUCAAAAAUUGUAUUCGAAAUAUGACUGAAUAUUUUGCAAUGUUACAUGAAUUUAGUAAGUUAGGUGAUGAAGAAAGCAAAUUUCUUAUAGCUAUUCAAUGUAUUACUACAGUUGUAAACUUUUACUUGGGCUUAAAAGGACAUGAAUUUAAUGAUAAUCCUAAUAAUAUUAAUGGUGCUGACUGUGAAGAAGAAGAAGAAGACACAGUUCCAAUGUCAAAUGCAGAUCGAAACAAGCCACCUUUAUCUCUUGAAAAAUUAAUUGCUCUUGUAGUUUCAUUGGUAGAAAAAUCAAGAAAUAUUGGUGGUCAGUUAGAGCUAUCAGAUAAUGAUUUGUAUGUUUUACAAGGAAUGAAGGGGUUUCCAUUUAUAAUUCAGCAAGUAAAAGAUAAUACAAAUUUACAUAUGACAAAAAAUCUUAUAUUUUCUCUAUGCCGUAAUGAUUCAUCGCAAAAGAAUGCUUUACUUGCUAAUGAAAUUAUCAGCCAAAUUUUAAAUGUUAUACAAAAAAAUGUUAAUAAUUCUGAAAUUACUCAGCCAUUUUUCAAAAUGUUAACUUUACUAUCAGAAGGUAGUGUCAGUGGUAAUGGUGGAUUACCAUCAUUUACUGAAUUCAUAUUAAGACUUUUGUGGCAGUCAACUGAAAAUGGACCCCAAGUAGCAUUGGAAUGGCUUGGUCUUCAAGUACCUCGUAAUAAGCAAGUAUCUGCUUGGGUACUUAAUGGUAUGGACACAUGGGUUGAACGAUUUUUAUUAGCACAUGGAAAUGCUCGAGUACGCUCAGCUGCCAGUAUGUUAUUAGUAUCAUUGGUACCAAAUACUCAAUUUCGACAAGCAUAUAGAUCAGCAAGAGGUAUGUGUACAUUACAAAAAGAAGUAUUAUUGGCAUCAGAUGCAAAGGAAACAUUGCAUGAAAUAUUCAAAUUUCUUUUAAAUCUCUUAAAAAUGGCUAAAGAGUAUACAGAUACAACCCAACAUGGAUCAUCAAAACUAACUGCUUACUUUGUUUUGCUCAAUUAUUUUUUGAUAUCAAGAACAGAAAAAUUAAUGUUUGGACCACAUUUAGUUGAACUUUGGCAAUUAUUUCAUCCCAAACUUUCUGAACCAGCCAUAGCAAUACAUCAUAAUAAACAAAGCUUAUUGAUGUUAUUCUAUAAUGUUUUGUCUGACUGUAUAGAAAAUGUACAAAUACUUGUUCAAGAUCCAUACUUUGUGAAAAAUAUAGCAUUCAAUUAUAUUUUAGCUGAUCAUGAUGACCAAGAAGUGGUAAUUUUCAAUCGCACUAUGUUACCAGCAUAUUAUGGCCUUUUAAGAAUAUGUUGCCAACAUUCUAGAACAUUUUCUAGACAAUUAGCUGGGCAUCAAAAUAUUAGUUGGGCUUUUAAGAACAUUUCUCCUCACCCUACUCAAUAUGCAGCUGCUGUUGAUGAAUUAUUUAAACUAUUACAACUAUUUAUUAAAAAAUUCCCGGAUUCAACUGAUCAAGAAAUUGUUGAAAUAAACCAAUAUAGAAGAGAAACAAUACAACUAUAUGUAUCAAACUUAGAUGGAAAAGCUGGCUGGGGUACUUUAAUACCAGUUGCUAAAAUUCUUUUGGAAAAUGAUGAAGAUAAAUUAUAUUUUAUUCAUAACCGUGGCUUAGAAAUGUGUUUUGAAGGUUUUCAAACAUUACAUAAUAUGUAUCAUGAAGCUACUGCUUGCCACGUAACUGGCGACUUAAUUGAAAUGCUUGCUUUAAUUGUUGAUAUCACAAAGUGUUUACAAAGAAGUCAUGAACAAAAUAAAUUAGCUGAAAAAGAAACACCACGUACUAUAGUAUUGACAUACAAAGAAUGGCCAGAUUUAUUAAGAAAAUUGGUUACAUUACUUAAUACAUACAAUCCUAAAGAAAUGAGACAAUCAGUAUUAGAUCUACUAAAAGUACUUGUUGUAUUAAUGCCAAUUGAAGUUAUUAAUGUACUUCAACCAAUAUUAACACAUUGUCAUGCUGUUUGUAUGGACAGUAAUAAUGGUAUGCCUAUUGGUCCGUAUUUUCCUCGUCGUGGACAUAAAGUGCCCAUGCUAAGCUUAAAAUCAAAUACUAGGCCUAUUAGACCCAUGGUUCAAAUGGCUUUAACUCAUAACCAAUUAGACUUGACUAAAGGCUGUGAUCCUCAUUACGAUACAGAAUUAUCUGCAUUUUAUGCACCAUAUCACGAUUUCAUUGAUGUGAUGUGUCGUACUGCUGUUAAUAAUGACUGUUUGACUGAACCUCUUGUAGCACUUAAUGCAAUGAUUGGAUAUGAAUCUAUUCCUUUACAUCAUACUUUUUUUCCAAAGUUUUGGCUUGAUGUGCAUAAUAUGAAUGGGUCUAACUUACCAUAUUUAAGAUUAUUAUCUAAGAAUAAUUAUUUUGUGGAUUAUUUGGAAUCUACACUUAUUGAGGAACGUCUCAGUUUGAAUAAUGAUAUUAUAUAUGAUUUUGUUAGAACAUUUUUUCCCGAGAUGGCUGCUAGUGUACUAUCACAUCACACUUUUGAAUUAUUGGAAAGUGUUAUAUAUAACUUGCCAAAUGACUUGGAAAAAUUGGGUGAAUUAGAAACUGAAAAAAGGAUGUUAUCUAAUUUAAGAGCUCUAAGAGUUUGUUCAUUAGUUAAACCUCCUGUGCAAGAACUGAAAGUAGUUUUAAGCAAUAUUAAAACGGCAGCUCAAAAACUAAUAGACAAAGUGUGUCCUUCAACUUCAGAUGAAACCAAUGAAAAAAAUGAUGAUGAACAAUUAUCAUUAUUACGCAGUAUUGAAACUACUGCUGCUGAAUUUAUAGAUGCCAUUCCCUUACCAAAACAUGAAAAUUUACCUAGCAACUUAGAAGAUAAAGACAUUGCUGGGCCACCAGAUAAGACUUAAUACAGGUUUUUUCUGUAGGUUUAAAAAACGCUGCUAGUCUUUCAAAACAAAACUGGAUUAUAAUUUUUUUUAAAUGAAUUUAUGUUUUUUUUAUAUAAAAAAAACAUUUAUUUGUGAUCUCCAAAAAUGUUGCAAAGUUUUGUUUUUUUUUUUUUUUUUUUUUUUAAUCAAUCGACUAUUUUGUAAAGCCAAUAACUGUUGGGAUUCGUUAUUUUUAUCAAUUACCCUUGGAUUUUAUGUGGAUAAAUUCCAUCCUUUCCCUACCUUAAUUAUAUUCUAUAAUUGUUUAAAAAGUAAUAAUUUUAGUAAAAUUUAAAUAAAAAGUAAUAUGUUUUUAUUAUGUAA